CAUGUGGAGCCGCUGCAAGCUGCUGAACCUGGGCCGCCGAUUUGUAAAUUACAAGCCAUGGAGGUGGAGAAGUGAUACAGCAUGUGAUAGAGCCCUAGAGUAUAAAGUAGGUGACAAAAUCCAUGGAUUUACUAUAAAUCAGAUCACACCUAUUCCUGAUCUAUUCUUAGUUGCUGUGAAACUCAAUCAUGACAACACAGGUGCUAAAUAUUUACAUGUGGCAAGAGAAGAUGCCAAUAAUUUAUUUAGUGUACAGUUUCGUACUACUCCAAUGGACAGCACUGGUGUUCCACAUAUUCUUGAGCAUACUGUUCUUUGUGGCUCUCAGAAGUAUCCCUGCAGAGAUCCUUUCUUCAAAAUGCUAAACAGAUCAUUAGCCACUUUUAUGAAUGCAUUUACAGCUAGUGAUUACACAUUAUAUCCCUUUUCAACACAAAAUAAUAAGGAUUUUCAGAAUCUCCUCUCAGUAUAUCUGGAUGCAGUCUUCUUUCCAUGUUUGAGGGAACUGGACUUCUGGCAAGAAGGUUGGAGACUAGAACAUGAGGAUCCAAGUAACCCCCAAACACAACUUGUCUUUAAAGGAGUCGUUUUUAAUGAAAUGAAAGGAGCAUUUACAGAUAAUGAGAGGAUAUUCUCGCAGUCCCUUCAAAAUCAACUCCUUCCUGAUCAUACUUACUCAGUUGUGUCUGGUGGUAAUCCAUUAAACAUCCCUGAUCUUUCAUGGGAACAACUUAAACAAUUCCAUGCUACUCAUUACCAUCCAAGUAAUGCUAGGUUCUUUACUUAUGGCAACCUUCCAUUGGAACAGCAUUUGAGGCAAAUUCAUGAAGAAGCUCUAAAUAAAUUUCAGAGAAUUGAGCCUAAUACUUCAGUGCCAGCCCAGAAGCUUUGGGAUACACCUAGGGAAUACCAUGUGACAUGUGGUCCAGAUAAAUUUGCAACAGACCCAAAUAAACAAACAACUAUUGGGGUCAGUUUCCUUUUGCCAGAUAUUACAGAUAUAUUUGAAUCCUUCACCCUGAAUCUUUUGUCUUCACUACUGAUUGAUGGACCUAAUUCUCCAUUUUAUAAAGCAUUGAUUGAAUCUGGUCUUGGCACAGACUUUUCUCCAGAUGUUGGGUAUAAUGGCUAUACAAGAGAGGCUUUCUUUAGUGUGGGCCUACAGGGGAUUGCUGACAAGAACAUGGAAACAGUCAAACAGAUUAUUACUAAAACAAUUGACGAAGUUAUUGAGAAAGGGUUUGAAGAUGAUCGAGUUGAAGCUUUACUACACAAAAUUGAAAUCCAAAUGAAGCAUCAAUCAACUAGUUUUGGACUUGCCCUGUCAUCAUACAUAGCUUCCUGCUGGAAUCAUGAAGGAGAUCCCAUUGAACUUUUAAAUCUAGGAAAUCAAGUGACUCGAUUCAGACAGUGCCUUAAGGAGAAUCCAAAUUUUCUUCAAGAAAAAGUCAAGCAAUAUUUUAAGAAUAAUCAACACAGGUUGACUUUAUCUAUGAAUCCAGAUGAAAAGUAUUAUGAGAAGCAAACACAAAUGGAAACAGAAAAACUGAAACAAAAGAUUAAUUCUCUUUCUACAAAAGACAAGCUAUAUGUAUAUGAAAAAGGUUUAGAAUUACAGGAUUUACAAAGUAAGCCACAAGAUGCUACCUGUCUUCCAGCAUUAAAAGUAUCUGACAUUGAGCCCACUAUAUCCUUCACUGAGCUGGACACAGCAUUAGCAGCUGAUGAAAUUCCUAUACAGUACUGUGCUCAGCCAACCAAUGGUGUGGUAUAUUUCAGAGCCUUUUCUAGUCUGAAUACGCUUCCUGAGGAACUGAGGCCAUAUGUACCUCUCUUCUGCUGUGUGCUUACAAAGAUGGGUUGUGGCAUUUAUGACUAUAGAGAACAAGCUCAGCAAAUAGAACUAAAAACAGGAGGAAUGUCAGUCUCUCCACAUGUGAUUCCAGAUGAUUCAGAUUUAGAUGUAUAUGAACAGGGUGUGCUUUUUUCGUCUUUGUGCCUGGAUCGAAAUCUAUCAGAUAUGAUGCAUUUAUGGAGUGAAAUAUUUAACAACCCACACUUUGAAGAAGAAGAGUACUUUAAAGUGUUAGUUAAAAUGUCUGCUCAAGAGCUUUCAAAUGGAAUUCCUAAUUCUGGUCAUUUAUAUGCAUCUAUUAGAGCUAGUAGAACUCUCACUCCUGCUGGAGACUUAUUAGAAACCUUUAAUGGCAUGGAUCAGGUAAGACUAAUGAAAAGAGUUGCAGAAAUGUCAGACAUUAAGCCAGUCCUCAGAAAACUUCCACGUAUCAAGAAAUAUUUAUUAAAUUCUGAUAAUAUGCGAUGUUCAGUGAAUGCUGCCCCUCAACAGCUGUCCCAGGCAGGAAAAGAAAUUGAAAAUUUCUUAAAAAGCCUUGGUCGAAGUAAAAAGGAAAGAAAAUCUGUCCGACCCCAUGUAAUUGAGAAACCUAUUGAUGGUAAUUUAGUAAAUGGUCCCCAACCUACAAGAAAACUAAUUACUGACCCUACUUUUAAACCAUGUCAGAUGAAGACUCAUUUUGUACUUCCUUUCCCUGUGAAUUAUGUGGGUGAAGGUGUUAGGACUGUUCCUUAUACACAUCCAGAUUAUGCCAGUCUUAAGAUCCUUGCACGUUUGAUGACUGCUAAGUUCUUACAUACAGAAAUCAGAGAAAAAGGUGGUGCAUAUGGUGGAGGUGCCAAAUUGAGCAGUAAUGGGAUAUUCACCUUUUACUCUUACAGGGAUCCAAAUUCAGUACAAACUCUCCAGUCUUUUGAAAAAGCUGUCAGUUGGGCCAAGUCUGGAAAAUUCACAGAUGUGGAUAUUGAAGAAGCAAAACUGUCAGUUUUUUCAGUUGUAGAUGCCCCAGUUGCACCUUCAGACAAAGGAAUGGACCAGUUCUUAUAUGGGCUUUCAGAUGAGAUGAAGCAGGCACACAGGGAACAACUUUUUGGUGUUAGUCAUGAACACCUUACUAAUGUUAGCGAUAAAUACCUUAGAAUUGGAAAGAGCACAAGAGGAUUAGCAGUACUCGGACCAGAUAAUGCAAACAUUGAUAAAGACCCAUCAUGGGUAAUAAGAUAGUACACUAAAAAGUCUCAAAAUAAUUAGAGCUUACAUGAAAACCUAUCACAUAGGUUCUUUAAUUAUUAAACUCAACCUAUAUUUAUUUUAAUGGGUCACAAUCAUUAAUAACUUUUGUCCAAAAAUUUAUCACAUACACUUUCAUAUUCAGAACUUAAUUAUGUCAAAGAACAUUAACUUUGAGGACAAAACUUUGCCAAUCAUGAAGGAAAAAUAAUGAUUAUGUAAUAUAAUGGCCUAAUUGAAGAGAUUAUAACUAAGCUUUAAAAUGUAUAAACUAUAUAUUUUUAAACUUCCAGGGCAGUGUUUUUAUUUAACUGUGUAGGCCCCAAUUGGCAUGUCAACUUCAUACCUUUAAGUAGUUGUUAUUUUUAGAAAUAAAAAAAGAAUCUGACCCAGA